UACAAAUAAAGGCUAUGCAAAUUCCUCAAGAUCAACCAGAAUUCAGACCGAGUCGACUAACUCGAUACUCCAACUAAGUGUUUUAUACAAUGGAAAAUUGCGAGGUUUUCAACAAUCCGAUUGAAAAUAUGGACUUAUUGAUGUAAUGAGAUUAUUACCUUAAGGGAUUAAAUACCAAUGUUAUAAUAAGUGUUUGAAGUACGAUAUACAUAACAUAAAGAAAACUAAUUAUAGAAAUUUUACAACAUGCCAAAUCAAGAAAGGAUGUUUUAUAUGAUUGAUAAGGAUUCGGGCAGGAUUUUUGACAUGAGAAUUCCAGAAGUAUGAAAUUAGCUAUUUAUUAAGUAAGCCAAGGAAAUCCAAGAAAUAAUGAAUGGUAAUACGGUUAAUUUUAUCAAGGAUUAGGCAUGGAAUGAUUUUAUGUACUAAAAUAUAACUAUAUAGAUUGUUGACCAAAAAAAUGAACGAACACCUCUUAGACUAUGCAGAAUUGGGGGAUGCACAAUCAAUAGAGACUUUACUGAUACCUACCAUUGAAUAUUACCUUGAUGUGGAUACAAAGUAUAAUAAGUUCAUUUAAACUAUUAAGAGGUCUGGAUGAUUGGACAGCUUUGCAUUUUGCAUCAAAUGAAGGGAAUUUGGAUAUAGUGAACAUACUCUUAAAACAUGGAGCAACAGUUGAUGCACUAACCAAAUUUUCAAGAACCCCUUUCUUUUUGACAGUAAUGUAGAAUUUCAUAGAAUGCGCAAAUGUUUUGUUGCAACAUAACGCCAAUAUCAAUAUAUAGGAUAAGGAUGGCAAUACUCCAUUGCACAUCGCAUCCUAAAUGGGAUCAACAGAUAUGAUAGCCUUUCUAUUGGAGAAGAAGGCUGAUCCAAAUAUCAGAAACUCUUUCAAUUAGAAUUGCAUCCAGAUUUGUUGUGAUGCAAAUAGUUUACAAAUCUACAUCAAAUAUGGAUACGUUCACAAUGAGGAAGUAAUUAUACUUGAUCUAUACUAAGAGCUAUGAACGCACCAUAAUACCAGGCACAAACUUUCUCUUAAGAAAUAGUAGGUAUGAUCACGUAAUGAAAUUUAUGGCUAAAGAGAAACAAGCUGAAGGAUAAACUGCAAAUGGUUAGAAUUAAGUUGCAAGCUAAAAUAAUACUAAUAAGAAAAUAUGGAAAUUCUAAAAUCUAGCUAAAUUUUAGAAUGUUAAUCUUUUGAAAUAUAAGAUGACUCCAAACAUGUUCAAUUUUUAUUAAUUAUUGGGAAAAGGAUCUUUUGGGGAAGUAUAUUUAGUGGAUAAAAUUGGAUCAGAAAAUAGGAAACUGUUUGCUAUGAAAAUAUUAAAGAAAGAAAGAAUGAUGUCAUAGAACUUAUUAAAAUAUGCAGAAACAGAAAAGGAAGUAUUGAGUGUAAUGCAUCAUCCAUUCAUAGUGAAAUUGAAUUAUGCAUUUUAAACAGAAUCUAAAUUAUUUUUGGUGAUGGAUUUCUGUCCUGGAGGAGAUCUCUCCAAAUUACUUGAUAUAAAGAGAAAGUUACCAGAAGAAGAUGCUAAAAUUUAUGUGGCUGAAAUAUUAUUAGCAAUUGAGUGUUUACAUAAAAACAACAUCAUAUUUAGAGAUUUAAAACCAGAAAAUGUUGUAUUAGAUUCAGAUGGACAUGCUCUUUUAACAGAUUUUGGAUUGUCAAAAAAGGGAGUCACUGACGAAGAAUUGAAUAAAUCAUUUUGUGGUUCACCUGCAUACUUACCACCUGAGAUAUUGUCUAAAUAAGGACACAAUAGAAUGGCUGAUUGGUAUGGAUUAGGAGUUAUGACUUAUGAAUUAUUGGUUGGUAUUCCACCUUAUUAUGCUAAUGAACGUGAAUAAUUGUUUGAUAAUAUCAGAAAAGGACCAUUAAAAAUACCAAGAAGCUUAUCUACUGAAGCUAAAUCAUUUAUUGUAGCUGUAAAUUACCUUUAUUAUUAAAGUUGUUAAACAGAGAUCCAAACAAAAGAUUGGGAGCUAAUCUAGAUGGUGAAGAAGUUCGAGAACAUCCCUGGUUAGCAAGUGUCAACUGGAAGGAUUGUUAUGAUAGAAAAUUAAAACCACCUAAACCAACAGAACAAACAUUUAAUAAUGUGCCUUUGAGGAUCAACUUUAUGGAUACUGAUGAAAAUAAGAAUAAAAUUACAGGAUGGUCAUUCUAUGAAGAAUCAUGA